UUCAGUGUCAGCCAGGCAGCAACAGAGAACGCUUUAUGUUGAACAGUACCAGCUGGUACCAAGCACUCCUUAUCUCCCAUGUUUCAACUGCGUGGAUCUGAAAAGUGGGCCAUGGAGCUAAAAUAUAAAAACAGUUUUUCUUUCAAUGCUAUCCUCCACCUUCUGCCGGUCUUCGUACUUCUCAGAACCUGCCCAGCUCAGCAACUCUGUUCAGUGCCUCCAGACCCAGUAACAAUUAAAGAGAACCACACAAUUGACAUACCUAUAAUCACAAUCAAUACUAUAGAUGGUGUGACGCUCAUUCUGACAGAUAAUCCUGAUAAUACGUUCGGACUUCAUGGCACAAGUUUAAUGUUGAUGAAAAUACCGGACUUUGAGACUCUGAAAAAUGAAGGUGAUCUCACAGCUCAUGUUCAAUGUGACAAAACUGGCUUUCCAUCUACACUCUUGCCAGUGACCAUACUGGUUGAAAACGUGAAUGACAACCCUCCUGGGUUUGCACAAAGACAGUACACUUUGAACGUUGAUGAGUUGACCCCAGAAGACACCAGUAUUGGAAGGAUUGAAGCCACAGACCGAGAUACAGGUCCAAUCUAUUACCAUCUUGAGCCAGCUACGGGUGGAUAUUUCAAAAUACAAACUGUGAACAACCCAAAUAUCCUUGUGGAAAAGGUGGCUGAUUAUGAUGACAUCCAAACCCUGACCCUUAUCUUAUAUGCUCAGGACACACCCACGACCACACAGACUGAGGAGCCCUCCUACACCGCCACCACAACCAUUACUGUCAACAUCCGGGACAUCGACAACCGCCCCCCCUGGUUCCAACCCUGUACAGAGUCAACUGUCGGCACAGCCAAAAUCUGCCUCAGUUCUGGAUACAAGGGAAAGGUCAACUUAACUGAGAAAGAGGAUGGUGAUUUACUACUGGAACCAGGCCCCUUGUCUGCUGUUGAUGGGGACAAAGACAGAGAUGAACAAAUCAGCUAUAAGAUUGUUAAAGGAAAUGAAGCUGGAAUAUUUCAUGUUAAUGAGAACACUGGAGACAUGACCAUGCUCAAAGCUGCAAACGUAGAGGGCCCAAUUAUCUUAACAGUUUUGGCUUCGCAAGUUACCAACAACGACCAGUUUGCCACGACGACAGUCACCUUUGAAGUGAUGAAGAAGAGCAAGUACUUCCCGCGGUUCGAGAGGGAGCGGUAUGAGGGGUACACCUCCUGUGACGCGGCCCUGGGGAGCAUGCUGCUGGCCGACAGGACCUCCAACCGCCCCCUCCGGGUCUGGGCCAAGGACGCCGAUUAUGCUAACGGCCUGAAUCCUGAUGUAAGGUACACAUUUGAUGACAGCAGCGAUUUCACCACGACGGCUGAGGGAUUUGUUCUUCUGAAGAAACUGCUGCCCCAAGGUAUAAUGCCUGCAAAAGUACUAGUCGCAGUGGAUGAUUCCAGUGGAGAGACAGCUUUCUCAGAGCUCACUGUCCACGUGUUGCCUGAGGGAGCUCUCGGGCCAGGGAAGUACCGGGCGGAGGACAUGGCGGCUCUCGGUGCGAGCCUGGCAGCCAUGGUGGUGCUGUGCCUUGUGCUGAUCUGCCUGCUCGUCUUCCACAUGAAGAAGGGCAAUGCGGACUGGCACAAACUCACCGAGGGCAGCCUCCUCUGCAGCUCUCUUGCCCAGGGGUCCGGCAGUCCAAAGGAAGAGACACAUUACACCAACGACGGCUUCCAAAAUGAGGGGGACCCCUGUCCGAGUGCGCAGUCCGAGCCUGUGGGCAACGCCGGCAGCGUGGGGUCCAAACCCGCGCCGGAGCCGGACCUGAGGUUCCCCGCUGAGCGAGAGCCCAGGGCUAAAGAGACACCCCCCAAAGACACGUAUCCCCCGCCCCCGCCCCCUCCCCCCCCGGCCCCGUACCCCGACGACUCCCCCGUCACGUCCGACCGCUCGGUGCGCCCCAUCCUCGCCAAGGAGAGGAAGAGCGAGGACGGCAGCAAGAGCGUCUGGUUCAAGGAGGACCUCCACCCCAGCGCCAAAGAGGAGGUUCUGAUCACCCCCGACGGAGGAGACGAAGGAGGCGACAUCUCGCCCCUCGCCUCGCCCCUCCCCUCCCCAAAGGUGUUUUUCACCGACGCCAAAACGGGCGACAAUGCCGCAGUGCGGUUCCAGGACCCCGGGAAAAACAGCGACCCGGAAACACAGGCUGGGGUCAGAGAGGGGAAGAGAGAAUACCUAUAAGGCUAGGGUGCGAAGGGUUCAGUUCUUGAGAGAAAAACCUCAUCAAAACCACCACUUUAUGGUACACCUGACACCAAUGUGACAUUUUUGUGUUUCUAUCUCUCAAAUUCAGCGUUAUGGUUUCAUAUGUCAUGAUUUCGCUUUUUUUAAAUAUUCAAUAUUCACACAUUUUCAGUUCUAAUUAUAAUGACAAAAUGUUAAGUUUACCUGCAAGUACCCAGAACUACUUCAACAUUCUUUUUGGACACCUGUAUCUAUUUAGUAACUUACUCAUAGAACAUAUUGAAAUGCACAUUACUAACACAAGAAGGAAGUGAUGUAACUACAUACCUGUUUAUUCAUGUUAUUAGAUUAGAACAAAAAUGUAAAAGGGACGUUAGGUCAGCGCAUUGCUAAGUACACAUUAAGUAACACAAGCUCAACUUUUGUAAAUAAUGGUCUUUUAUUUGUACUGAUUAUGCUGCAAGUAACUUAGCAUAUUUACACAAGUAAAGGAGUGAUUAUAGAGCUUACCUUGUUUUUUAUACCUGGAUACAUUCUGGAUGUAAAAGUGAAAUAUUUAACUUUUCAAAGAAGAAUAAUAAAAAAUUUUGAUUUAAGAAAA